AUGAUUAUUGAUGGAAUGGUUUAUAUAACAGAAACGGUUUAUUCUACUCGUAAAAACACAAUAUUUAAAACAAUUGAUUGUAAUUCAAAAGAUCUUGAAAAUCGUGUUUUCACAGCAAAUAUGACUAUUUAUUUAAUAGCGACAUCUAAUUUAAAAUUGACGAAAUCUGAGAAAUUAAAAUCAACAAUGGAAAACAGAUUUGGAGAAACAAUUGUAACAAUAGAAACAGUAUCAAAAGUAUCAAAAGAUAAAGUAGUGCCUAAAUAG